AUGCAGAGGCGAAUGCUCUCCAAGGAGGACGAGCAGGCCGCCGACGAAGUCGAGGUUCGCAGGGAGGACCAGGAUAAAAUCAACAAGUUUAGCCGGCUGCAUCAGAGAGAGGUGGCCAUGGAGGAAGAACUCAAGUUGAAGAAUAAAGAGAAAGAGGAACUCGAUGACCUGGCGACAGAAUUGGAGCUAGCAGAUGAAGAUGAAAAAAUUCAGUACGCCAACCGUUACAUCGUAUACAAAAUCGGCGAUGCUUUUUUUCAUAUCCCACUAGAACAAGCCCGGGACAUGUUGGAGACAGCUACGACGAAAAUUGAGGAGGAGGCGAGUGAGCUGGAAGACAAGGUCGGCUCGUUGCGCGAGGAUAUGCAACAACUCAAAGUCGAAUUGUACGCCAGAUUCGGGAAGCAAAUCAACCUCGAAGUAUAA